CCAGCGAACGCAGAAGAACUUAAAAGAAAAUUUGUAGCUGAAGUCUAACUUUCAUACCGGACCAACAUUUCCUGUAUUUGAUGUCAGUAUCUUAGAUUAUAAGAACUACAUCAGAGAGAAACCCCCUGCCAGGUUUCCACCCUACAGGUCAAUCCUGCCUCUCUGCAGCAUCCAAGUGCUGAAGUGAGAGAAUAUGCCUGUGCCAGUAUUUCCAAGCUGUUGCAGCAGAAGCACGUCAUCCCAGCCUUCCUGCAGAGGGACGUUGUGCGGUGUUUGGGGCCGUUGCUGAUGGAUCACAGCUUGGCUGUUCGGGAAACAGCCGCAGGUGCUCUCCGAAAUCUGAGCGCUUGUGGAGGAUAUGAAGUCUGUGAUGACAUGGUGACAAAUGACAUUAUGACACCCCUUGUUGCACUUCUGAAAGAGUGUUGCACUGAGCUAGAUGCUAACCAGCUCUCUCCAAAGAAAUGCAGAGAGACAAACAAAAAUUAUAUUGAAGACAUAGCCAAUGAAGCUAUUAAUUUGCUGUGGAAUAUAUGUGAAUGCAACAAUACCGCUGUGUACAUAUUCAAUAAAGAAGGGUGUCUGGAGGCUGUGUUACAUUACAUGAAGAAAUUUUCCACAAAUGUGGAUCUGGCUAUUUCAGUAGCAAACUGCUUGCAGGCAGUGACAGAAGAUAAUCCAGACCUUCUUUCUUCAUUUAAUGCUUCUGCACAGCAAGUAUUGGAAACAGUGAUGUUGUGUCCAGAGAGCACAAUGAAGCAUGUCCUGCUGAGAACACUGAUAGCAGGCACUAUCUGGAAUAUCAAGGAUACCAUUCCACCAGGCAGCCUGGGAAGCAUGGUUAAUGCAAUCCUGAAGAUUUUCUCAGAAUCACUGGCAAUAGACGCUGGUGAAACAAUUAUUCGUAUGAAUGAAGCUGAAAAAAACAGGUUAAAACUUGCUGUGGAAGCAGAAACAGAGGAAAACAUGAGUGAUGUGGUGGACAACUGUGUUUUGAGUGAAGAUGAUAACAUGGAAGAAAUACCAAAAAGAAAACUCAGGAGAGAAAAUGAUGUUUCAGAUUUACUUCCAUCUGAUAAGUGGGAACUGAAAGAAGUGACAGCUUUACUGACAGCUCAGCAGACUGCUCUGGAAAUCAUUGUUAAUAUGUGCUGCAGUGAAGAUCCCUCUGAUGAUGAGUGGGAAGAACUCUCCAGCAGUGAUGAAAGUGACUUGUUCAUGGAAAACUCAUACAAUGAGGGAGGGGGGCUGCUGAUGACACCCCUGUGCCUCUCUGAUGAGGUUCACUCAGCGUUUCUAAACAACCUCAUUCCAAAGAAGAUUCUUGAAAAAACUGCUUUUCCGAACAGUGUUGCUCUAGACAUCUGUAUGCACAAUCCGUCUUGGAAACCAUUAAUUAAAAAACUGAAUGCAGUGCAGUGUAGAGCUUUAACAUGUCUUCAUAGCAUUUUGUUAGUGUCAGAUGUGGAUUGUCUUGGAGGAGCUUCAGCACUUCAGUCCCUUGCACAGCAUCUCUCACAGUUGAUCUUUUCUAAAACAGAACUCCCUGCAGACACUGAAUUCCUGGAAGCCAUAACCAGUGCUUUGAGGGCUCUCCUACAAACAAUGGCAUCAAAGAACAUCUCCCAGUGUAUGACUCCUGAGCAGCUGUUGGCUUUAUGUGAAGCUGGUAUUCGCAGCAGCAAUGCCAGUGUUAGAGUGAACGUAGUGAGCAUCCUUGGAAUUUCUGGCAGCGUCCUGGCAAAAGGACAAGAUACAGCUGAAACACUAAAGAUGAUUGGAAAAUUUCUUCUUGAAGUUGCUAUGAAGGAAUCUUCUCUUGUGGUAGCAGGGGAAGCCUUGGAUGCACUUUUUGAUGUAUUUGCAGAUGGUAAAGAAGCAGAAAAGGCGGCGGUGCAGAUCAAGUUGCUUCCAACACUGAAGGAAUUUCAGCCAGUGUUCAGAACCAGGAUGCGAAAAGAAGGCAAAGGACAAUGUAGUACAGAUCAACUGUGUGUUCUUGACAAUGUGAGGAUGAAUUUGAGAAGAUUCAUUGCAUAUCAGGAGACACUAGGGAAAACUCCAACUUGAAACAUCGAAGAACUUUUAAGGUUUCCCUUAUUGAGUAAGGUUUUCAAAAAAUAUAACCAUUUUGAACUUCUAAAAUUUACUGAGCAGAGCAGUUUUGCUUUGAUGUCAAUACUACAUUUUGUAUUGUUCAGUAUUUUUAUACACUUGGGUUGAUGCAAUAUGUAAGUCACACCAGCACAAAAAACCCCGUAGCAUACUCUGAGAUUGUUGCAGUGAUAAGAAGGUGCUCCUGCAGCCCUGAGGUCUGUACACAGCACCACUGUCGUUGUUCAGAAAUCUUCAUGUACCCUGACAGAAAACUAUAAUUGCGUGAAGAGGUAAUUUGGAGAAUAUUCUCGGUUAGGUGCCAGAUCAAGAAAAAAAAUUAAAAAGCUCAAGAUAUAUUUAAGGGAAUCGAGCAGUGGCAGAAUGUUCUUAUUUGCUGUUUGCUCUUACCUGUUCCUAGAAUUGCACAGGCACUUGUGGCAAGCUUCCCAAGAGAAGUUUGUGACAAGUGUGUAGAUUCCUGUCAGCACUUGGUUCUGUUAUUUCAUGAGGAGAAAACUGUUUCAGAUUCAUUUAUGAUGGCUUUUUGCUGUGGAAAUCUGUGUAAGCAGAUCCUACACUUAGAUGCAGCUACCGGUUUUUACUUUAUUUCGAUUGGUAUUUCUGAAAAUCAAGUGUCUUAAUUUACAUUCUUCCUUGUAAUUCUACAUCAGGAUGAAUGUGAAUUCAAGGAAGUAAUAAGCCAAAUAAAAAACAUUUUUUAUAUUGAGGUAUUACCUAAAGUAAAUUUAUAAUUGCUUAAAAUACCUUUUAGAAAUAUUUGCGAUGGAGAUUUUUAAGCUGUUAUUUUCAAAAAUGUCACCGAUUCAUGAAGAUUGUAUGUAGACUUCCAUAUAUCAAGAACUUUGGUUUUGUUUCUUUGAAUGACAUUCUAUCAUACAUAUUUUUCAAGAAAAAAACCAAAACACAACCAAACACAAAAGUAUUUUGUUGUGCUGGGUUUUGAAAUAGGAGGGUUUUUCCCCUCUCUCUUAAUGCGCUGUCUUAGCACAGGCAUCUAGUUUUUGGCAAAAUUUUGCCCAUGGUGUUAAGCAUGGAACUUAUAAAGACCAAAUUUGCUCAGUUUGUUAGAUUUCAGUCUCUAAGAUUGGAAAGCAGACUUGGGAACUGACUGGAUAACUUGCAAAUUACUGACUUUAUGAAAUCCUGGCAUAUGGUAUUUUGUCAAAUGCAAGAGAAAGUGAAAGAUGAGUUUAAGCAGCUCUACUGCCUGGAAGUCCUGUCACUGCUGUGACUUUGCAGGAGUCAGAUGAAAUGUGUGAUGUGAUGCCUGCUAAUCAAACGAGUGAGAGUGUGCGACUGGGAGGGCUCCAGGGUCACUGAGCAUGGCCUGGAGAAAUCCAGGAGAAGUCAUGAGCAGCACGGUCGAGAGGUUAUCCAGGGAUUUGGAAGGGCAGGCAGUGAAAAGGGCCGGAGUGUAACACCUGAGGAAAGGUGGAUUAUGGCAUAAGACUGCACAGUGUGUGGAUUUUAAUCCUUGUGUUAGUUAUACUUGCUGUACACUGAGGACAGUAUAAUAUUAGCCUGAUGAAAGGUAUUAAUAUUUGUUUAGCCCUUAAAGGACUUCCUUGUGGGAUGUUCUGCUCUCAGUUUCUGGGUGCUACAUUGAAUUGGAGGAUGAUCUAGAUUGGAAAGGAUCUCUGGAGGUCUCUUAGUGUAGUCUCUGGAGUCAGACAGGUUGUGCUACGCCUUGAACAUCUUCCAGGAUAGAAAUCUCACAGCUAUGGCAGCCUUUUCCAGGGCUUGAUUGCCCUCACUUGAAAUUCUUUUUUUUUCCUUUUCCCCUUUGUGCCUUGUAGGACUUCCCCUGCUGCAAAAUGCACCUCUUGUCCUUUGCACACCACCUUGAAGAGUCUGGCUUCAUCUCAUAACCCCCACUUGUUAGCUGAAAACAACAAUUGAAUUCCCCUCUUCUUCAGGCCAAAUACACCCAGCUCCCUUAGCCCUUCCUUGUACUAGCUGGAGUUCUGACCCUCUAACCAUCCUAAUGGCCUUCUGCUUGACCUGCUCUACUGUGCCUCGUACUGAGGGACCCAAAACUGAACACACUUCCUCAAAUGUGAUCUCAUAAGUGCUAAAUAGAGGGAAGUAAUCAGUUUUCUUAACCUGCUGGCCAUGCUCCUGCCAAUAGAGCCUGUUAUUUGUUAGCUGUCAUCACUGCAAGGGUGCACUGCUGACUUUUCUUCAACUUACUGUCCUCCAGGACCCUUUGGUCCAUCUCUCCAAAGCUGCUCUUUGGUCAUUCAGUCAAGAGCCUGCUCUGUUUCAAGGGAUAACUGUCCCAAGUGUAGGACUUUGCAUUUUACAUCAAGUGUAGCAGUCAGAAUCUGGUUCCUGGGGACUGUUGGAAAAAUAGAGUAUGUUAUUUUCUGUUUAGGGGUUUUCUUUUAGUUUAAUAAUGAGAGGAAACAUUUCUUCUUCAAAUACGAAUCCGAAAGUUGCAGAAAAAUAUAUAGAAGAUAGGGCAUCCGCUACAAAAAAUUGUUUUCUUAAUACAGUCUAUCAGACCAUGUUUUUUUCCUUCAAGUGAAAAAACAAACUGACAUUUAGAUCUUACACUAUUCUGACAGUAGGAAUGCAUAGAUUAUUUUUUUGCUAUGCACUGAUCAGUUGAAUGUCUUAAAUAUUGUGUCACAGGUGCAUAGUAUGAACCAUAUUGCUUGCAGAAGUAUAUGAUUUUUAGUGCUUCUAUCUUCUGGUACACAUGCCAUUUCAAGCUAAUAGCCGAAAGAGAAAUGAGGGCACAGGAAAGCAUUUUGUUUUCUUGCAAGUUUGUACUAAACCCCUGACAUACCAACCCUAAAACAAUCCCUUCACCUGUUCCAUCUGAGGAAACCAGAGCACUUCAGUGGGCCUGUUUGGCUGAGAGCAUGAAACACUGACAAGCUGGUGGCCCUGUCUCCAGCUCACCAGGUAUGUUUGGGUGAUAGCAAGGUGAGCUGGAGCUCUUGGGAGGUGUUUUUGUACUCCAUUGCUAAUAUUAAUGACAUUAGAUGUGAUUUCCUAAUAUCCCGUGUUGUAAGAUCUUUGCCAAAGUCUAUUGCCCUUACCAGUGGCCCAUGGCAAAAUGGAGCCUCCAUCUUCCUUUGGGGUUUCUAAGAUACUAUAGUUAUCUAAUAAUAUUAAGCCAACUGUGUAUUUUGAUGUCCGUAUUUUUAUUUCUCUGAAUGGGAAAAAUCUUACUCUGUCAUCUGCCCAGCUGCCAGGUCAGUGUCUGAGUGAGAGGUAAAAAAUUUGUAUGUUAAUUUAGAGAGCACAUCGUGCUUGUAAGGGACAAGAUGGAAAUAAUAGAAAGACAUGGAUAACUUCUGAAGACUUGCAUCUAUGGAAGACAAGCAAGUUAUCAGUGAUUUAAAGAAGUGUCAGAUCAUGGCCUAAAGCCAGAUGAGAUAUAUAGGUACAGAAGAGCUAAACUGUAAGAUUAGGGCUAUGAAAGUUGUUCUGAUGCAAUUAAGGAAAAUUAAGGCAGCAGCAGAAGUGAUGAUGUGCAAAUUAAAUGUUUUGGGCACUCUUGACACUGGUUUAUUUUAGUAGGUUUAGGGUAGGCUUCAGAUGAAGGCAAGAUCCUUGACAACCUCCAAAGGGAAAGACAGAUCUUGAAGAUACUUAAAGGGUGGCAGAAAUUGGACUGAUCUAGGCAGUGUGCAGCAUAAGUAAAUUGAUGCUAAAUAGAUGUAAGUGAUCUUCAUCAGUUCAUGUAAUCACACAGAUAAGACUGGUAUCAAAACAGGUGUCUGAAUUUGUUUGCUUAUUCUGAUCCCUUAUUCUGAUCCCUAAGGCAUCAUCUGUCUGUACUUCAGUUAAAAACUGCAAUCCUUGGAAAGCAUGGAUUGCUGCUUUAGUUGUCUCCCUGUCUGACACUGAGCACAACAGAAUCUGAGUCUUGAGAUGUAAUACCAAAAUAGGUGCUGAAUUUACAUCGGUCUGUGGUGUCAAGUAAAGAGUGUGGAGGGGGCUGUGGGCCUCCUGCCCUGUUCAGGAGCAGUGGGACCCUGGCAUUUGCUGCUGCUUUAGUUUCUGCAGCCUGCAAAAUGUUGAAUCCCCAACUGUGUAAAGAAGGAGUUAUCAUUGCUGUAUGGUUUUAUUUUUACCCUCUACGAAAAGAAACAAGUGGCAAGAUUUAAAUGAGCUUUUGUUUUGAAGUACUUUUUUUAUACAUCAUGCCUUGACAUUCAGAAGAUGGCUGUAUACCACAGUAGAGUCAAUAGCUGAACUAUUUGGGGGUUAUGGUGUGUGUUGAAGGUAUUGUUUUGCAUAGCAUGUGGUUUUUUUAAGGAUUGUCAUCUUAGAGGAACAAGAAUAACUUCAACCAGUACUACUUGGCUUGGUUUUAUGUUUGUAUUUUAAGAGAAAAAUAUAUAAAAAAUGAGAGCACAAUAAAAUUACAAAAUAAGAACUGUGUUGGAAAACAAAUUAAUUUAAGAUUUGUUUGUAGUUUAAAUGUUAUAAAUGAAAUGCAUAUCUUGUGGAAUAUUAACAUAAAAAAAGCCCAACCAAAAAUGCCCAUAAACUCAAGUUCUGUUUUCUUAGUAAGUGAUUUUCAGUAGAAGCAUUUCCAGAGGACUGGAUAGAAACAUCUAGCCUUACAUUUACUUUCGCAAAUUCCAAUUCAGGCAAUGGCAGUGGUAAUUGAAAAUAAUGUAAUUGUUUCUUUUUGGCACAGGUGACUUGAGCAAACAGUCUAAAUAUAGUUUGAGCUGGACAUGCUGUUAAGAUAUAUAACAGUAAGGUAUUUGGCAAAAACUGAAAACUCUUGACAGUCAGGUCAGAUUAAGGAACUUGAAGUUUUUCCAUCAGGGCUGACAAUAAUGGUGAGCCUUCCUGUUUGAAGAAGCUUUUAUUGACUGCUGGGGUUUUUUGGUCUAAUUUCCAUAUAAAUUCAAACUGUUAAUUUUUGUGCCUUCUGGGAAAAAUAGGAGAUGUUAAAGACAAUUCACUUCAAUUUCAUUUUGUUUCUGUGUUAUUUUUGCAAGUUUCUUGUUUCUGUGAGAGGCAUUUUGUCAUACAUACAGACAUAGUUCAGUGACCACAUAAAACAUAGUUUGAGACUUGCACACAAACGGAUAUGGUAAGAUGCCUUUUUUCCCCUCAGAUCUGGGUUUCAGGAACUUGCAUUACUGCUACAUUAUGGGCUUAAAUCAAACAGCUUGGGAAGUGAACUAAGAUCCUACUGUAACAAUCCAUAUGCAGUUGGAAUGAUCGUGGCUGCUACGUGUUCUCAACACAGGGAGAGUCCUGAUGCAGCCCUGGGGUUGUGAGGUGCUCACAUAAAUCAUGUACCAGCGCUUCAAGAUGCACUGGGAUUUCAGUAAACCUUCUCCAGUUUUGUGUGCCUGUUAUGAUAGAAGUCCCAUCAAGGAUUGUUUUCUCUCUCCUCUGACAUAUGAAUUUUUUUUUAGAACUUUUAAGGAAUAUUGCAUUGGCCUCUUUCCUCCUCCCCUCCCCUUCAAAUGGAGAGUGAAAAGCACUUCCAGAAUUUAACGGAAGAACGGCUGAUUCAGCCAGUAAAUGCAUGAUGUUUCUGAAUAACCUUUUCUGGCAAGUUCUCUUUUUAGUGAGUAAAAGAGUUAAAUUCAGAGUGUUGAUUAAACAAAACACUCCAAACCAUAAUUAAGUGUGGGUUUUGUUUGUUUUUUAUGCCCCCCUACCUGGGUAUACUUCCUUAUCUAAAGCAUUUGUGGUACUUGUGUCAUGUCCUGGCUGUAUUUGCUUGGGACUAGGGUUGCUACAGAGGAAUCCUGUAAAUUAAUAAACCUCAGUCUUAUAAUAAAACUUGUUUGUAUUUAUGUGCUGCGAGUGUAGACCAAAUCAUGGGGUUUUGCAGAAUUAACUUUAUUAAAAAAGUAAAGAAAACAAACCAGUUUUUUCUUCUGUUACUGUUAUCUCCUUAAGAACAACAAAAGCCUUUAUUUGACUUAAGCUUUUUUCUGUUGCAUUAAAAGUUUAUGAAUUCAAACCUUUUUAUUUGCAUCUUUGGUGUGCAGGAAACAUCAGGAUAGACCUUUUUCAUUGUCUUUUCCUGCUAUGCUUAUAAUUUUCAGAAUAACUGAAGAAUACGGGCUUUGGAAAAUAGGGUUAUUCAUAGUGGGCUUUCCCCAUUUCCGAGGUGUGUUAAAGUCCUACCAGCUUCCACUUGGCUUUUGGUAGUAGGUUUAGGUAAAAAUCCUAAUUUUCAAAGCAAUUAGGUUUGUCAACUCAAACCUCAAAUUUCAACCACAGCUUGCUGUGGUUGGUUUUCUCUUGGGCAAUGCAGAUCAGACAUGCCGUGACAGAAUAGAGGAGAGUUGAGGACAAAAAUGUCCUGCUCUGGGAGGGUGGGGAGAAGCCAAAACUUCAGUCUUUGGUUGUCACCAGGAAGUGGUGCUAAGUCGUCUUCUUUGCAAACUUCGUGGGACGCUUGGAAUUGGAAUGUGACUUUUUAAUUCCAAAACCUCCACCUCCAGCUUCCUAAAGAGAAAUCCUCUCCCGUGCAAUUUGUCACUGGGGGAAGAAGCACCAGGCCCUCCAUGCAGCGUGCUGGAAACUUUGUAGCCGAUAUUAAAGAUGUUUUAAGGCUGUAGUACGAAAACACUAAAAAUAAAACUGAAAUUGACAAGAA